AAUUUCGGGAUGCUCCUUCCUGUCUUACACUCUGCUGAGCUAUAUUAAAGCUAGCUGAAAUGAACUACGGUGGAUCGAAUUCAAUUUUUCUGCGGAUCUUUUUCGACAAAAAGUACGCUUUGCCGUAUCGUGUAGUUGAUGCAGCUGUUCGCUAUUUCAUCAAAUUUCAGCUCGAUUCCAGGGAAAUGCCCGUUUUGUGGCAUCAGCCGUUGUUGGCGUUUUGUCAGCAAUACAAAGCUGAUCUUAGUGGUGAACAGAAAGAGGCGUUGCUUCAGCUAAUCAUUGUUCACAAGCACCAUACGUUGAUAUCAGAAUCCGCCAUGAACUGCAGCAAUCUGCUUGCAGAGAUGAAGAAAUGAUAGAUUAAAACAAUCAUAGA